AUGGUGAAUGGUUGUAAGCGUUUUCUGGUAGUGUUGCUGGGCCUAUUGGUUGGGUGUAUAUGCGGAAUACGCUACACUCCGGAUUGGGAUUCCCUAGAAACAAGACCCCUCCCAGAGUGGUACGACCGUCUAAAGAUAGGAGUGUUCAUUCACUGGGGAGUUUUCUCUGUACCGGCGUUCAGGUCAGAAUGGUUUUGGUGGGACUGGCAGGGUGCUAAGUAUAACGACUGUAUUCAGUUUAUGAAGGCGAAUUAUCCCCCCGGCUUCACCUAUCCUGAUUUUGGUCCCAAGUUCACUGCGUCACAAUUUGACGCAAACGAAUGGAUGGAUGUACUGGGAAACUCAGGAGCAGGGUACGUGGUACUGACGAGUAAGCAUCACGAGGGUUAUACCAUGUGGCCCUCCAAGCAUUCUUGGAACUGGAACUCCAUGGACGUCGGACCACACCGUGAUAUUGUCGGUGAAUUUACAAAUGCCAUUCGAAACAAGACGUAUAUGUUCAUGAAUUUUGGUCUGUAUCAUUCUCUUUAUGAAUGGUUUCAUCCAUUGUACCUGGCUGACAAGGCGAGCAAUUUCAAAACCCAGGAUUUUGUUAGGGAGAAAACCCUCCCCGAACUUUACGAGAUUGUGAACAGAUACAAACCGGACAUUAUAUGGUCAGAUGGGGAUUGGGAGGCUCCCGACACCUACUGGAACUCAACAGACUUCUUGGCCUGGCUCUACAAUGACAGCCCUGUGAGGGAAACUGUUGUGACCAAUGAUCGAUGGGGAAGGGGAGACAUGUGCCAUCACGGGGGCUACUUCACCUGUUCUGACAGAUACAACCCAGGUGUCCUGCAGAAAUUUAAGUGGGAGAAUGCCAUGACACUUGACCGGAAGUCGUGGGGAUACAGACGAGACAUGAAAGCAUCAGAUGUUGUCUCUAUUGAAGAAUUAAUAUCUACACUUGCCGAGACAGUAAGUUGCGGUGGCAACCUGUUGGUGAACAUAGGUCCCACACUAGACGGAAAUAUUCCGCCAAUAUUUGAAGAGCGCCUGCGCCAGAUGGGGGCAUGGAUGAAAGUAAACUCCGAAGGCAUAUACGGAUCAAAGCCAUGGCGCCAUCAGAAUGACUCAGUCACUCCAGGAGUGUGGUACACAACACUCACUAUCAGUACCACCACUGCUGUAUAUGCCAUCGUCCCUAUGUCUGUGAUUAAGAACAAUUCCACUCUGUACCUUGGCUCGCCGGUAAUAAAAGACACUAGUCAAGCGUUUGUGUUUCUACUGGGUUAUGAACAGCAAGUGCCGUACAGUGCGCCUACACCUGAUGGAGGUAUCUACAUCAAUGUAUCUUCCCUCCCUACCAGUUACCUGACUGACACUCCCUUCAACUGGGCCUGGGUUAUCCGUAUGCUUGGUCUGGAUAAUGUGUCGAAUACUAUUAAAGACCCACACUCAAAAAAGAAGAAUCCAGUGCCAGUCAAUAUUGCAAAACAGCUUGUAGAAUUGGUAGCAAGCGCUGGGUCUUCUAAAAGUUCAUCGUCAAAGAAUAUCACCCAUGCUCCAAUGACAGUGCAAUACAACCCGAAGAUCCCACGAACUAUUGACAGAUUCCAGUAA